AAUCCAGUGAUUUAAAAUGCUAGAAGGAAAAGCAACUGAGGUCUCAACUUUGAGAUGCUGAAUUCUCAGCUAAUUGAAAUUACUGGGCACAAUGCUAUAUAUAGCCAAUGAAGAGAUUUUGAGCUCUCACUCAGUGCCUUCAAGACAUGUCGUUUUGUAGUCAGAGAAAACAGAGAUCAAUGCAUUUUCAAACUGACAGAGGGAACGGAUGCUCCUUAGUAGCACAUGCCCAGGAUCGUGUGUGUGGGGCUUGCGCUGUGCUGAGAAGCUGAAUACCGGUCCAUAUGCUCCUUAUUUACUGCAAUGUUCUUUGCAUGUUACUGUGCACUCCGGACUAACGUGAAGAAGUAUCGAUAUCAAGAUGAGGAUGCUCCACAUGAUCAUUCCUUGCCUCGGCUAACUCAUGAAGUAAGAGGUCCAGAACUUGUGCAUGUAUCAGAAAAGAACCUGUCCCAAAUAGAAAAUGUCCAUGGAUACGUUUUACAGUCACACAUUUCUCCCCUGAAGGCCAGCCCUGCUCCUAUAAUUGUCAACACAGAUACUUUGGACACGAUUCCUUAUGUCAAUGGGACAGAAAUUGAAUAUGAAUUUGAAGAAAUUACACUGGAGAGGGGGAAUUCUGGACUGGGAUUCAGUAUUGCUGGAGGGACAGAUAAUCCCCACAUUGGAGAUGACCCUGGCAUAUUUAUUACAAAGAUUAUACCCGGAGGUGCUGCAGCAGAGGAUGGCAGACUCAGGGUCAAUGAUUGUAUCUUGCGGGUGAAUGAAGUGGAUGUGUCAGAGGUUUCCCACAGUAAAGCGGUGGAAGCUCUCAAAGAAGCAGGGUCUAUUGUCCGGUUGUAUGUGCGUAGAAGACGACCCAUUUUAGAGACCGUUGUGGAAAUCAAGCUGUUCAAAGGGCCUAAAGGUUUAGGCUUCAGUAUUGCAGGAGGUGUGGGGAACCAGCACAUUCCUGGAGACAACAGCAUUUAUGUGACAAAAAUUAUAGAUGGUGGAGCUGCACAAAAAGAUGGAAGGUUGCAAGUAGGAGACAGACUACUAAUGGUAAACAACUACAGUUUAGAAGAAGUGACACAUGAAGAAGCAGUAGCAAUAUUGAAGAACACAUCUGAUGUAGUUUAUCUAAAAGUUGGCAAACCUACCACCAUUUAUAUGACUGAUCCUUAUGGUCCACCUGAUAUUACUCACUCUUAUUCUCCACCAAUGGAAAACCAUCUACUCUCUGGCAACAAUGGCACAUUAGAAUACAAAACAUCCCUGCCGCCCAUCUCUCCAGGAAGGUACUCGCCAAUUCCAAAGCACAUGCUUGUUGAAGAUGACUACACCAGGCCGCCGGAACCUGUUUACAGCACUGUGAACAAACUGUGUGAUAAGCCUGCUUCUCCCAGGCACUAUUCCCCUGUUGAGUGUGACAAAAGCUUCCUUCUCUCAGCUCCCUACCCCCACUACCACCUAGGCCUGCUCCCUGACUCUGAGAUGACCAGUCAUUCCCAACACAGCACUGCGACCCGUCAGCCUUCAGUGACUCUCCAACGGGCCAUCUCCCUAGAAGGGGAGCCCCGCAAGGUGGUCCUGCACAAAGGCUCCACUGGCUUGGGCUUCAACAUCGUGGGCGGGGAAGAUGGAGAAGGUAUUUUUGUAUCUUUCAUUCUGGCGGGUGGACCAGCAGACCUGAGUGGGGAGCUCCAGAGAGGAGACCAGAUCCUAUCAGUGAAUGGCAUUGACCUCCGUGGAGCAUCUCAUGAACAGGCAGCUGCUGCAUUAAAGGGAGCUGGACAGACGGUGACCAUUAUAGCACAAUAUCAACCUGAAGAUUACGCUCGAUUUGAGGCCAAAAUCCAUGACCUACGGGAGCAGAUGAUGAACCACAGCAUGAGCUCCGGGUCUGGGUCCCUGCGAACCAAUCAGAAACGCUCCCUCUAUGUCAGAGCCAUGUUUGACUAUGACAAAAGCAAGGACAGUGGGCUGCCAAGUCAAGGACUUAGCUUUAAAUACGGAGAUAUUCUCCAUGUUAUCAAUGCCUCUGAUGAUGAGUGGUGGCAAGCCAGAAGAGUCACUCUGGAGGGAGACAGCGAGGAGAUGGGCGUCAUCCCUAGCAAACGGAGGGUGGAAAGAAAAGAACGUGCCCGAUUGAAGACAGUGAAGUUUAAUGCAAAACCUGGAGUGAUUGACUCAAAAGGGGACAUCCCCGGAUUAGGUGACGACGGUUAUGGAACAAAGACUCUGAGAGGGCAAGAAGACCUCAUUCUUUCCUAUGAGCCUGUCACAAGGCAGGAAAUAAACUAUACCCGGCCAGUGAUUAUCCUGGGCCCCAUGAAGGAUCGAAUCAAUGACGACUUGAUAUCUGAAUUUCCUGAUAAAUUUGGCUCCUGUGUGCCUCAUACUACAAGGCCGAAGCGUGACUAUGAAGUGGAUGGGAGAGACUAUCACUUUGUCAUUUCCAGAGAACAAAUGGAGAAAGAUAUUCAAGAGCACAAAUUUAUAGAAGCUGGCCAGUACAAUGACAAUUUAUAUGGAACCAGUGUGCAAUCUGUGAGAUUUGUAGCAGAAAGGGGCAAACACUGUAUCCUUGACGUAUCAGGAAACGCUAUCAAGCGAUUACAAGUUGCCCAGCUCUAUCCUAUUGCCAUCUUCAUAAAGCCCAAGUCUCUGGAACCUCUAAUGGAGAUGAAUAAGCGUCUGACAGAGGAGCAAGCCAAGAAAACCUAUGAUCGAGCAAUUAAGCUAGAACAAGAAUUUGGAGAAUAUUUUACAGCUAUUGUCCAAGGAGACACCUUAGAAGAUAUAUAUAACCAAUGCAAGCUUGUAAUUGAAGAGCAAUCUGGGCCUUUCAUCUGGAUUCCCUCAAAGGAAAAGUUAUAAAUUAGCUACUGCGCCUCUGAUGACAGAAGAGCAUUUAGAAGAACAAAAUAUAUAUAAUAUACUACUUGGAGGCUUUUAUGUUUUUGUUGCAUUUAUGUUUUUGCAGUCAAUGUGAAUUCUUAUGAAUGUACAACACAAACUGUGUGAAGCCAUGAAGGAAACGGAGGGGCCAAAGGGUGGGACAGAAAGGACACUGCAGAAUGCAGGAAGGCUUUGGUUUGCUCAAAGUACCAGGUGUAGGGAUGAACCUCUGACAGGCUUUCUGCCCAAGAGAUGGGCAGCCUCCUCACCCCAGCAGAUGUCCAGAGCUGAUUUAGCUGCUGAGCUCUCUGUGUUUUUUUGCUUUAAAGAAAAGUUGCCAGCACUUGAACCUCACCAAUCUUCCCAUUUCCCACAUCUGUAAUUGGUAUUCUUCGAGUUUUAUAACUAUGCACAUCCUUUGAUUUCUUAACAAGCAAAGGAAAUAAAGAAGGAAUAAAAGAAAGGAGUCCCUCUGGAGACGACAUACUAUCAGGGAAGGAUAAUUGUAUAGUUUUCUUGACUGGCAUCUGCAAAGACAAGCAUUUCAUAAAAUUCACAAGUGUAUGGAGGACUAACCUUAUGAGAGGAGGGGAUUCCACCUGGGAUUAGCUUUAUGAUUGUUGAUUGUCUAUUUUGCCAUUUAUAAACUGAAAGAAGGCACUACAGAUGAGAAUAAUUUAUACAAUAAAAUAUAUUAAAUGUAUAGAAACGAAUUUCUAUAGGUUAAAAAAGUUUUGUGAAAUAUUUUGUAAAGACUAAUUAAUUGAAAGACUAAAUGUAUGCAUUAUCAGCAGAUGAUCAAAUUCAAGAACUGGAAGUUGCACUCUCCCUUUUGUUGCCAAUGAUCCAUUAAGAGCAUCUGAGUUCCUUCCAAGUCUGACUUCUCCCUCACUUACCUCCCAUGAUCUCCCUUGCACACUAGUGAUACACUCUUAUGGAGCACAUCCCUUAAUGAGUUGCCCUUAUGGAUAUUUUUAGAAGAUAUUUGGUUAAUAUACUUUUUAACUGAUGGCUUUUCAGAGGAAAAACUCAAGCAAAUGAUCUAAAGGGAAUUCUUGCUUUUCUCUAGUUAAAUAACCUGGGCCCACCAUGCAAAUAGUUGAAUAACUUUGUUCCUAGUUACUUGCUUACUUGGUUACUUAAAGGACCAUUUAAUAUUCUGGCCAGCCAUGAGUAAUUAGAAUUAUUCUUUUUUUUGUUGUUGUUGCACAGAGUAAUUUAGAGUUUUGUAACAGCCAGAGUUGGUGUUAGAACCAUGGGGAGAUCUGUCCCAAUAUGCACUAUUUCUUUGAGGAAGAGAGAAGUAAGUGUCUGGUUGGAGGGGUGAGGGGUUCAGGCUUUUUUGUUUCAGUAUAUAGGACAAAGAGAACCACAAGGAAAGACAAUUAUGACUUUGAGCUCAACCAAUUGAACUGCCUUCCUUGGGGAUGCACCUGGACCAAGUUUAUUUUUUAAUAAUUAUAAUGAUGAUUUUAAAAAAGAAACCUCCCAAAGCCUAUAAACUGAAACAGAAGAGUUUGUUUCCCACUUUAGAGCUGAUGGUGACAUCAGCGUUGGUUUUGCCUAAGGUAUUUAGAGAGAGACUUUUCAGUGAUAUUAAUAACCACUCAACUCUGGGUUCUGUGCAUGCCCAGAUUAAGCCCCAUCGCCUUAUUUCUGGGGUACAUCAAGACCUGGCAGGGAUUCUGCCACACUGUGCAGCAAACCAGCAUGUAGGCUGGGGUGGGAGAGCAAAAGAUAGAGUCAUCAGAGUGAUGGGGCUUCUUCACAGUAAGAACACUGGAGCUCAAAAAUGAGAGUCUCUUUCCAAAAACAAGGGUUGUUCAUCUUACACUAAAUGCCAUUGUCUGCCAGGCUGCAGUCACCAAAACAAACACAAAAAUGCAAAAUUAUGCAUCUACCUAUAGAGGCUGCCUUUGCCAAUGGAAGGGCUAGCAAUGCAUUUUCCCUCUGUUGAAAGUUAAAUUUCCAGAGACAUCCUUAGAGUGCUCAAAAUGUUAAAGAUGUGUUCAUAUCUGCAACUCUCCAGUUUCAGGUCAAGGCCAACUUUCAUCAUUAUUGCUCCCAAAAGUUUUCUGCCACCAGAAUGCCAUUCCUGAUCCCAGCUCUAUUUUUAGGCCACCAUGAUAACUUCUUUGGUUUCUCAACUGAGCAUGCAACCAUUUAUUUAGAGGACUGUCAUUAAUGAGUAGAUGUUUUCUUGGGUCGUGUGAUGUGCUUUCCAUUUAAUAGUAUUGCUGUGGCUGAGUACAAUCAAAUUGAACCACCAACCCUUGGUUUUGUAGUAAUAUAUUUAUUUUCCUAGUGUAGAUGCUUCCAGAUUAGAAUUGGCAUUUGCACUGAUUUUUUAUGUAGAUUUAUAUAAAUAUAGAUAUACAUAUAUAUUUGCUUGAAAAAUCACCAAGCGAAUUGGUGAGAGGGUCUUUUCCUAUAGAAUUUACACCUCCAUUUGUUGUGUUGUCUUGCGCUUCCCAAUGUUGAGGUCUCUAUGGCUCCAAUGAACUGGUGUAUUUUGCAGCAAAUCUAAUGACUUGAAUGGAAAUGAAAUGAAAGGUACCCAGAUUACAUCUGGUGCAAAUGCACUUGGAGCCUGGGGCCAGACUGGUGCUAACAUUGCAAACUUUGUCCGGAGCUCUCUCCAAUCUGAAGGCUUGCUGGGGGCGCAAUGUCACCUUCAUAUGCUGGGCCCUUUCAGAAAAGUGCCAGAUCGUGUCACUGGUGCUAUUUUUCAUGCUCUGGUACAAUGUGUAGCACCACGGGGGUCUCAGCUCUACCAAAAUCAAAAUCCCAUUUGUCAGCCAAUUGCUGGGGCAUUUGGGUUUUUUUUGCUUUCCUCCUGCAGGAUUUCUUGGCCAUUUAUUUUCAGGCCUUUCUCCCAGCCCCAAAUUCUUGGAUUGGCUCUAUCUGCUUAGCAAGCCCAUCUUUACAAAGCUGCACUCGGGUGCCUCUGUGAGCUGUCUUAGAUCCUACUGCCAGCCCUUCUGGACGCUGAGCCAAGGGAAAGCUUUCUGCAUCUCUGGUUCUUGCUUUUUAUUUUCCCUUUCCUCAUUCUUUCCCAGUGCUCACCUCUUCCUAUCUCAUCCCAUCCCUCUUUGUUUUUUCCUGGCUUCUUGAAGCCACUGAUCUUGUCCUAUAACCCUCCUUCACUCCCUCCCUGUUCUUUGUCCACCUCUCCUUUAGUCUCUCUCUCAAUGCCCUUUUUAUACCUUUCCUGUCCUCUCCUCUCAUCACAUCUCUGAUUAACUCUUCUCCUACACCCUCUUCCUUAACUUUUCUGUCCUAUAAAGGGCUUAUGGCUGCUUCAGACAGCAAGUCCAUACACUGGACUAAUGACACAUAUACUUGGGGUCACCAUUUUUCCUACUCAGCCCAGAAAGCAAAGCUGAGUGUGAGGCCCUGACCUGGAGCCAACUCCAGCGUGCCUCCCAGAGCCAGCCUGCACCGCUGCCCUGGCAGCGAUGAUGCAUGUGCUGUGGGCCCUGCCAGCGCCUGGGUACCUCUGCCUGAACCCUAGUCCUACACGAGCUCACUCCCAAGACCACCCCGAGUCUCUGAGGACACUUCCUUUCAUAAAGGCAGACUCUGGCCCCAACAAUUAUUCUGACAGCAAACCUCUUCCUUCUCAUUGAAGCCAUGUCAUCGCCUUGGUUUGGAGAGAGAUGAUUUUUUCCUCCUACUUUCUUUUUCCCAUUUUCAUGUGAAGCCCCCUCUGCUUUUCAGCUGGUGAUUGCUCCGGUGAGAUUGAAUGGACUUGCUGGUAAAAUGACAACUUUUUCUUUCCUGUCUUGGUCCUGCCUAAAAUUCCUACAAAAAAAAAAAAAAUUAAGCCAAGGACUCAGGCUAGUUCUUAAAUUUAUCAUACGAAUUUGUCACUUCUAGGGAAAAAAAAAAAAGGAUCAACUCCCUUAAAGCAUGUGGAGUAGCUCCUGUGACAACCAAUUUUCCAGGAGACUCCCUACAGAACUCUGUGGAUAUACCUUUUACUUAUGUGUAUGUAUGGUCUAUGUGAUAUGCAUAUCAUGUAUACACAUAUUACAUUAGGUAUGAAUGAAUGUGGUUGGAAACUCACACACACACUCCAGUCUGUAAAUAUCCUUCCUCACUGAAACCUGUGCUUUGGAAAUCAUUUCUUGUACAGCUGUGCAGUUUCUUGUAGCAGCUGAGGACAAGCUAAGACAGGAGGACAGUUUAGACAAAAUGAGCUAAAAGAGUAGAGUACAGUAUCUCCCUAGCAAUUCCUGAGAACAGACAAACCAAGUGGGAAGGUUGACUCCCAAUGGAUGGCAAACUUUUCUUCUCUCCCUUUUGAAUUUGUGUUUUCUAAGUGUGUCUUAACUUUUGAGUGCACCAGGUUGUACCUGUUAGAUCCUUUGAAUAUGACAAUUUUGUGCUUCUCUCUGACAGGAUGUUUCUCCACUGAGCUGUAGUACAGGAGGGGAGGGAGGGGGGAUUACUCCUUGCCUGGGCUGGAGUUUACAGAGACACUGCACAGCUUACACUCCUGUUAAGUGUAAAUAUUCAACACUUCCAUUCCAUUUGUGUAAAAAAUAAAGCACACACGAUUAUAAAAUCAA